AACCCAGGAAUCGAACCAGGGUCUUCUGCAUUGUAGGUGGAUUCUUUACCAACUGAACUACAAGGGAAGCCCAUAUUUUCAUACCCAUACUUAUAACAGCACUAUUCUCAAUAGCUAAAAGGUGGAAGCAACCCAGAUAUCCAUGGACAGAUGGAUGAAUGAAUAAACAAAAUGUGGUAUAUAAAAAAAUCAGAAUAUUGUUUGGCUUUAUAAGUAAGGAAAUUCAUCACAUGCUACACAUGGAUGAACCUUAGUGAAAUAAUCCAGUCACAACCAAACUGAGAUUUCACUUAUGUGAGGUAUCUAGAGUAGUCAAAUUUGUAGAAACAGAAAGUAGAAUGGUGCUGAGAGGGAUGCAGUAUGGUGGAAAAGGGGAGUUGUUUUCUAAUGGGUAUAGAGAUUCAUGUUUGCAAGAUUAAAGUUCUCAAGAUAUUUCACAACAAUGUGACUAAAACAAACUAAACUGUAUACUUAAAAGUGGAUGAUAUGGUAAAUUUUGUUAUAUAUUUUUAACACAGUAAAAGGGGGAAGUGAUAUAUUUCAGUUUAAGAUAGGUAUUUUUCCUAAAUGAAAGCUAUCAGUAAACUUAGCCUGGACAAUUGUUAAAAUUUAAAUCUACACAAUCAACAGUAGAGCCUACAUUUUGGCCACAUGAUGUCGCUGUCUUACCACAGUAUAUCCUCUAAGAAGAAAAAAUACCCAGAACCCUAUUGUAACUCCAGCGAGGAGGAGAACAAUAAGAGAAGCAGCAGGACUUGAGCAGAGAUUAGAGGACAACAUUUAAAAUUUUGCACAACACAUGAUAUUCUAAUUUGAUCAACUCACUGAGAAUUGGUGAUGGUGUCUUCUAAGAGUAGGGGCGUGGAUAUCCGGCAUCUGCUUCCGCUGCUUCUGCUCUUAGCUGUAGGCGAGGCCGGGAGCGGCCAGGUCCGCUACUCAGUCCCUGAGGAGGCCAAACACGGCACCUUCGUAGGCCGCAUCGCCCAGGAUCUGGGACUGGAGCUGGAGGAGCUGGUGCCGCGCCUGUUCCGGGUGGCAUCCAAAGGCCACAGGGACCUUCUGGAGGUAAAUCUGCAGAAUGGCAUUUUGUUUGUGAAUUCUCGGAUCGACAGGGAGGAGCUGUGCGGGAGGAGAGCAGAGUGCAGUAUCCACCUGGAGGUGAUCGUGGACCGGCCGCUACAGGUGUUGCAUGUGGAGGUGGAGGUGAAGGACAUUAACGACAACCCACCAGUAUUUCCAGUGGCGGUAAAGACUAUCCGGUUUCACGAAUCGAGACUGCUUGACUCACGGUUUCCUCUAGAGGGGGCAUUUGAUGCAGAUAUCGGAGUAAACGCUCUUCUCACCUACAAGCUCAGCUCCAGUGAGUUUUUCUUUCUAGAUACACAGACAAAUGAUGAACUAAGUCAGUCUUUGUCUCUUGUGCUGAGGAAAUCUCUGGACAGAGAGGAAACUGCUGAAAUUAAUUUGUUACUAGUGGCUACUGAUGGGGGCAAACCUGAGCUCACCGGCACCGUUCAGUUGCUUGUUAAGGUAUUAGACGUGAAUGACAACGAACCUACUUUUGACCAAGCAGUUUACAAAAUACAGUUGUUAGAGAACGUGGCAAAUGGAACCUUGGUGAUUAAAUUAAAUUCUUCUGAUGCAGAUGAAGGAUCAAAUAGUGAGAUUAUGUAUUCAUUUAGUAGUGAUGUGUCCCGGGAUAUAAAGACCAAGUUCAACAUAGAUCCUAGCUCAGGGGAAAUCAGAACUAAGGGACAAUUAGAUUAUGAAGAAGUGAAAUUCUAUGAUAUUCAUGUCAUUGCGUAUGACAACGGGACUCCGUCAAUGUCUGGGCACUGUAAAAUUUCAGUGAAACUUGUGGACAUCAAUGAUAACUCACCAGAAGUCUCAAUCACGUCUCUUUCACUUCCCAUUCGAGAGGAUGCUCCACUGGGCAGUGUCAUUGCUCUCAUCACGGUGGCCGACCGUGACUCCGGUGUCAAUGGACAGGUGACCUGCACCCUGAUCCCCCAAGACCUCUUCAAACUGGUGUCCACCUUCAAGAAUUACUAUUCACUCGUUUUGGACAGCGUCUUGGAUCGCGAGAGCGUGGCGAACUAUGAGGUGGUGGUGACCGCGAGGGACGGGGGCUCACCUCCGUUGUCGGCCACGGCCAGCGUGUCGGUGGAGAUAGCUGACGUGAACGACAACGCGCCCGCGUUUGCGCAGCCCGAGUACACGGUGUUCGUGAAGGAGAACAACCCGCCCGGCCGCCACAUCUUCACCGUGUCGGCGCGGGACGCGGACGCGCAGGAGAACGCGCUGGUGUCCUACUCGCUGGUGGAGCGACGGGUGGGCGAGCGCGCGCUGUCGAGCUACGUGUCGGUGCACGCAGAGAGCGGCAAGGUGUACGCGCUGCAGCCGCUGGACCACGAGGAGCUGGAGCUGCUGCAGUUCCAGGUGAGCGCGCGCGACGCGGGCGUGCCGCCCCUGGGCAGCAACGUGACGCUGCAGGUGUUCGUGCUGGACGAGAACGACAACGCGCCUGCGCUGCUGCCACCCGGGCCAGGUGGAGGACCCAGCGCGGUGAGCCAGGUGGUGGCGCGUUCGGUGGGCGCGGGCCACGUGGUGGCGAAGGUGCGCGCGGUGGACGCCGACUCGGGCUACAACGCGUGGCUGUCGUACGAGCUGCAGCCGGCGGCGGGUGGCGCGAGCACCCCGUUCCGCGUGGGGCUGUACACCGGCGAGAUCAGCACGACGCGCGCCCUAGACGAGGCGGACGCGCCGCGCCAGCGCCUGCUGGUGCUGGUGAAAGACCACGGCGAGCCGGCGCUGACGGCCACGGCCACCGUGCUGCUGUCGCUGGAGGACAGCGGCCAGGCGCCCAAGGCCUCUUCGCGGGCGUUGUCUGGCGCCUCUGAAGCGGAGGCUGUUCUGGUGGAUGUGAACGUGUAUCUGAUCAUCGCCAUCUGCGCGGUGUCCAGCCUUUUGGUGCUCACGCUGCUGCUGUACACGGCGCUGCGGUGCUCGGCGCCGCCCAGCGAGGGCGCGUACGCGAGGGGCAAGCCCAGGCUGGUGUGCUCCAGCGCGGUAGGGAGCUGGUCUUAUUCGAAGGAGAGGCAGCAGAGGGUGUGCUCUGGAGAGGGGCCGCCGAAAACCGACCUCAUGGCCUUCAGUCCUAGCCUGCCUCAAGGUCCAGGCUCAGCGGACGAAAGACAACAACUCUCCGAAUCAGAACAAUUCGGAAAGGUGAGUCUCAAUUUUUUCCCCAUAAUCUCUAAAAUUGUUUUAUUUCCUUUGUUCUCUAUAAUUCUAUUAAUUAUUUUGAUUUAUAGUUGUUUUUAUUUAUAUCGUUAUCCUAUUGUGCAAUAUGUGAUAUGAAUAGAAAUCAAUUUCUUGCAUUGAGAAUAAAUUACUUAGAUGAUCUUUUUACAUUUUGAAAUUUCCAUAAAUUCCAAA